UCGCAUGCUUUAACAUGCGUUGUUUAGCAAAGCUGUAGUAUUUUCCCCUUAAAAAGAAAAAAGCAAUUCUGUAGUCAAAUCAUGGGUCUAUGAUCUGAGAGAAAAAGUAGAACCAGAAACACUAUACUACCUCCCUUCUUCUUUUCUUCUGAGGAAUCUCCUCUUUCUAUAUUUUCCAAGAAACCCCAAUCUCACUUUAUCUGAUAAACAAACCGUCCCCAAAAGUGUCAUCCUUUUCAACCCAUCGCCAUCUCCUUCUACGCCCACUCAAAUUAUUUCAUUACUUUCUCUCUCUUUUUCUUUCUCACACACAAACUCACUUUUCCUUUUUCUUUAUCUUCUCCCAAAAUCAAAAUGCAAUCAUUCACUUCCAUUCUCGCGUGCUUCCUUUUCUCCUCCUCACUACUUCUUCUACUCCCACCCUUCUCUCUCGCCGGUUUAUUAUCCCAACCGGUAACCGACCCGAACCAGCCUCUUAAACCGGGCGAAUACCCUUCAUCCAACACCGUCCCCGCAUUCCCGGUUCAAACCCAAGCUCAAAUCUGCAAACUCGACUUAUCCAACGAACUCUUCGGCGGAGUCAAAGACGCAUGCGGAAAAGACCUAGACCGGAGCCGUUGCUGCCCCGUCCUCGCAGCAUGGCUCUUCGCAGCACACGCUCGUUCCGCCCUGGAAAUAACCUCCAACGCUCCAGCUCCGUCAAGCGGAGAACAACCGAUGAUGCCCGACGACUCUCAGAAAUGCGUUAACUCGCUGCAAGACUCGUUACUCACUCGUAACAUCAGAAUACCUCAACCUAACGCAACGUGCGACGCGAUUCUUUGCUUCUGCGGAAUCAGGCUUCAUCAAAUAAGCUCCUUAUCAUGCCCCGCCGCGUUUAACGUCUCCGGUUCGCACAAAAACGCAACUCCGACCGCCGCUGUUCGGAACCUGGAAAAUAACUGUCGUAACGCUUCGUAUUCUGGUUGCACCAAAUGCUUAUCUGCCCUACAAAAGGUGAAGAGUUUCAAGAACGGGACGAAAGGAGGGAGUGAGAGAGUAAAGAAGAUGUUUAACAGAGACUGUGAACUGAUGGGUUUGACAUGGUUACUGGCAAAGAACAAAACGACUUACAUACCUACCGUUUCAGCAGUUCUACGUGCCAUGAUGUACAGUGCACACCCGCAUGAAUCAAAGUGUAGUCCUGAUCAAGAAAACAUGCCAUUAGCCGUUGAUUCUCUUCAAUUUGAAAGUGGUCAUGCGCCAUCUUGGCCGUCCAAAUUAUGGGUUACUGUUUUAGCUUUAAUCAUGUUGGUUUGUUGUUUUGUUUAAAAGGUUGUAACUGGUUAGGUAAUUUUUUUGCUUCUUCUCAGUGCCAUCCUCUUCUCUCUUUUGUCUUUUUUUCCUCGUCUAUUGGCCUAAUUCUUGGAUGCUUUUGUCACGUGAAGAAGUUAAGCUAGUGGACAAAAUCAACAUUGGAGGAUGUUUUCUAA